GCGGAGCGGCCCCGGCGCGGCCCGCGCGGGGACAUGGCGUCCUACGUGGAUAACAGCUUCCGCCAAGCGGUGAUGAAGAACCCCGCGGAGAGGAGCCCCCAGGACCUGGAAAUAGUGUACUCCUAUUUGCAUGGCAUGGAAGCUUUGUCAAACUUGAGGGAGCAUCAACUUAGAUUAAUGUGUGAAACUGUGAGAUAUGAAAGACACGAAGCAAAUGAAGUUUUAUACUAUCCUGAUGAUAUUGGGACCUGCUGGUACAUCCUUCUCUCUGGCUCUGUAUUUAUUAAGGAAUCCAUGUUUCUUCCAAGAAGCAGCUUUGGCAAGCGUUCUGCAGGAAGCUUUAGGCGUGGCUGUGAAUGCAUUGUUUUAGAGCCUUCUGAAAUGAUUGUGGUGGACUAUAUGGAUGAAAAUGAAGAAUAUUUUCAGCGUCAAGCUUCUCAUAGACAGUCUCGAAGGAGAUUUAGGAAAAUCAACCAGAAAGGUGAAAGACAAACUAUCAUUGACACUGUGGAUCCGUACCCUGUGGGCAAGCCACCUUUGCCUCGAGGCUACCAUACGGAAUGCACUAAAUCUCAGCUUCCGGCAGAUUUCACAAAGCUACACCUUACUGACAGUCUCCACCCACAGGUGACCCACGUUUCAUCUAGCCACUCAGGAUGUAGUAUCACAAGUGAUUCUGGAAGCAGCAGUCUGUCUGAUAUCUAUCAGGCCACAGAAAGUGAAGCUGGUGAUAUGGACCUGAGUGGGUUACCAGAAACGGCCGUGGAUUCUGAAGAUGAUGAUGAUGAAGAAGACAUUGAGAGGGCAUCCGAUCCUCUGAUGAGCAGGGAUAUCGUGAGAGACUGCCUGGAAAAGGACCCAAUUGAUCGGACAGAUGAUGACAUUGAACAACUCUUGGAAUUUAUGCACCAGUUGCCUGCUUUUGCCAAUAUGACAAUGUCGGUGAGACGAGAGCUCUGUGCUGUGAUGGUGUUUGCAGUGGUGGAAAGAGCAGGAACCAUUGUGUUAAAUGAUGGUGAAGAGCUUGACUCCUGGUCAGUGAUUCUGAAUGGUUCUGUGGAAGUUACGUAUCCAGAUGGAAAAGCAGAAAUACUGUGCAUGGGAAACAGCUUUGGGGUCUCUCCUACAAUGGACAAAGAAUACAUGAAAGGAGUGAUGAGGACAAAGGUCGACGACUGCCAGUUUGUCUGCAUAGCGCAGCAAGAUUACUGCCGUAUUCUUAACCAAGUAGAAAAGAACAUGCAAAAAGUUGAAGAGGAAGGAGAGAUUGUUAUGGUGAAAGAGCAUCGUGAACUUGAUCGAACUGGGACAAGAAAGGGGCACAUUGUCAUCAAGGGCACCUCAGAAAGAUUAACAAUGCACCUGGUGGAAGAGCAUUCAGUGGUGGAUCCAACAUUCAUAGAAGACUUUCUGUUGACGUACAGGACUUUUCUUUCUAGCCCAAUGGAAGUGGGCAAAAAGUUAUUGGAGUGGUUUAAUGACCCGAGCCUCAGGGAUAAGGUUACGCGGGUAGUAUUAUUGUGGGUGAAUAAUCACUUCAAUGACUUUGAAGGGGAUCCUGCGAUGACUCGAUUUCUAGAAGAAUUUGAAAAUAAUCUGGAAAGAGAGAAAAUGGGUGGACAUCUGCGGCUGUUAAAUAUUGCAUGUGCAGCGAAAGCAAAAAGAAGGUUGAUGACCCUGACAAAGCCCUCCCGAGAAGCCCCUUUGCCCUUCAUCUUGCUGGGGGGCUCAGAGAAGGGGUUCGGGAUCUUUGUGAACAGCGUAGAUUCAGGUAGCAAAGCGACGGAAGCAGGCUUGAAACGUGGGGAUCAGAUACUAGAAGUAAAUGGUCAAAAUUUUGAAAAUAUUCAGCUCUCAAAAGCCAUGGAAAUUCUUAGAAAUAACACACAUUUAUCUAUCACUGUGAAAACCAACUUAUUUGGUGACGUGCCCAUGAAUACAGCCUGUUGUGGUCUGGGGACCUGGCUAACCAAUCUGCAAUCUGGGACUGAGGAAUCUAGCGAUAUUGGAAUUGGCCAGUCUCAAGAUGACAGCAUAGUAGGAUUAAGGCAGACCAAGCACAUCCCCACUGCACUACCUGUCAGCGGAACCUUGUCAUCCAGUAAUCCUGAUUUAUUGCAGUCCCACCAUCGCAUCUUAGACUUUAGCACUACUCCCGAUUUGCCAGAUCAAGUGCUAAGGGUUUUCAAAGCCGAUCAGCAAAGCCGAUACAUCAUGAUCAGUAAGGACACCACUGCAAAGGAAGUCGUCCUUCAGGCUAUCCGGGAGUUUGCUGUGACUGCUACCCCAGAUCAAUAUUCACUCUGUGAGGUAUCUGUCACUCCUGAGGGAGUAAUCAAACAAAGAAGACUUCCAGAUCAGCUUUCCAAACUUGCUGAUAGAAUACAACUGAGUGGAAGGUAUUACCUGAAAAACAACAUGGAAACAGAAACACUUUGUUCGGAUGAAGAUGCUCAGGAGUUGUUGAGAGAGAGUCAGAUUUCCCUCCUGCAACUCAGCACCGUUGAAGUUGCCACCCAGCUCUCCAUGCGAAAUUUUGAACUCUUCCGCAACAUCGAACCCACUGAGUAUAUAGAUGAUUUAUUUAAACUCAAAUCAAAAAACAGCUGUGCCAAUCUGAAGAAAUUUGAAGACGUCAUUAAUCAAGAAACAUUUUGGGUGGCAUCUGAAAUUCUGAGAGAAACAAACCAACUGAAGAGGAUGAAGAUCGUUAAACAUUUCAUCAAGAUAGCACUACACUGUAGGGAGUGCAAGAACUUUAACUCAAUGUUUGCAAUCAUCAGUGGCCUGAACCUGGCACCAGUGGCAAGACUGCGAACCACCUGGGAGAAACUUCCCAAUAAAUAUGAAAAGCUGUUUCAAGACCUCCAGGACCUGUUUGAUCCUUCCAGAAACAUGGCAAAGUAUCGCAAUGUUCUGAAUAGUCAGAAUUUACAGCCUCCCAUAAUCCCACUGUUCCCGGUUAUCAAGAAGGAUCUCACAUUCCUUCAUGAAGGAAAUGAUUCGAAAGUAGAUGGGCUGGUCAAUUUUGAGAAGUUAAGGAUGAUUGCGAAAGAAAUUCGUCAUGUUGGCCGAAUGGCGUCAGUCAACAUGGACCCUGCCCUCAUGUUCAGGACUAGGAAGAAGAAGUGGAGGAGUUUGGGGUCUCUCAGCCAGGGUAGUACAAAUGCAACAGUGCUAGAUGUUGCUCAGACAGGUGGUCACAAAAAGCGGGUACGUCGUAGUUCCUUCCUCAAUGCCAAAAAGCUAUAUGAAGAUGCCCAGAUGGCACGAAAAGUGAAGCAGUACCUGUCCAACUUGGAGUUAGAAAUGGAUGAGGAGAGCCUUCAGACCUUAUCCCUGCAGUGUGAGCCAGCAACCAACACGUUGCCUAAAAACCCUGGUGACAAAAAGCCUGUCAAAUCGGAGACCUCCCCUGUGGCUCCAAGGGCAGGGUCACAGCAGAAAGCACAGCCCCAGCCGCAGACACAGCAGCCGCCGCCGCCACAUAAAAUCAGCCAAGGACUUCAGGUUCCCGCUGUGUCCCUGUAUCCCUCGCGAAAGAAAGUGCCCGUCAAGGAUCUCCCGCCUUUUGGUAUAAACUCACCACAAGCUUUAAAGAAAAUUCUCUCUUUGUCUGAAGAAGGAAGUUUGGAACGUCACAAGAAGCACGCAGAAGAUACGAUGAUAUCCAAUGCGUCGUUGCAGCUGUCUUCCCCUCCCACUUCUCCACAGAGCUCUCCCAGGAAAGAUUAUGCUUUGGGGCCUAGUGGCACGGUGGAUAAUUUCUCAGACUCGGGUCACAGUGAGAUCUCUUCACGGUCCAGGAUCGGCAGCAAUUCCUCCUUCGACUCAGUGCCGGCCCCGCUGCAUGACGACAGGCACCAAAGACACUCUGUCAGCAUUGUGGAAACAAGCCUCGGUGUGGGCCGGAUGGAGAGGCGGGCCAUGAUUGAGCCCGACCAGUACAGCUUAGGGUCCUAUGCACCAAUGUCUGAAAGCCGGGGCUUAUAUGCGACAGCCACAGUAAUCUCUUCUCCCAGCACAGAAGAACUUUCCCAAGAUCAGGGGGACCGCGCGUCCCUUGAUGCCGCAGACAGUGGCCGUGGGAGCUGGACUUCAUGCUCAAGUGGCUCCCACGAUAACAUACAAACUAUCCAGCACCAGAGGAGCUGGGAAACCAUUCCGUUUGGGCACACUCACUUUGAUUAUUCAGGGGACCCUGCAGGUUUAUGGGCCUCGAGCAGCCAUAUGGACCAGAUCAUGUUUUCUGAUCAUAGCACAAAAUAUAACAGGCAGAAUCAAAGUAAAGAGAGUCUUGAACAAGCCCAGUCCCGGGCAAGCUGGGCAUCAUCCACGGGUUACUGGGGAGAAGACACGGAGGGGGACACGGGCACAAUAAAGCGAAGAGGUGGGAAAGAUGUGUCCCUCGAAGCUGAAGGCAGCAGCAUGACUUUGGUGACCACGGAAGAAACCAAGCCAGUCCCCAUGCCAGCUCACGUGGCCGUGACCCCCAGUACUACAAAGGGGCUUAUAGCACGGAAGGAGGGCAGGUAUCGGGAGCCCCCACCGACCCCCCCAGGUUACAUCGGAAUCCCCAUCACGGACUUUCCAGAAGGGCAUUCUCAUUCAGCCAGGAAGCCGCCAGACUACAACGUAGCACUUCAGAGAUCUCGGAUGGUGGCCCGCACCUCUGAAGCGCCCGGGCCUUCUCCCGUGCAGCAGCCGCAGGGGCAUCCACCCAGCAACCGGCCCGUGAACAAACCUCAGUGGCAUAAACCAAAUGAGUCGGACCCCCGCCUUGCCCCCUAUCAGUCUCCAGGGUUCUCCGCUGAGGAGGAUGAAGAUGAACAAGUGUCUGCUGUUUGAGGCACAGGCUUUUCCGGAUCCAGCGUGAGCCACUCCCCGGCAAGGAGAGCACAAGAAAAGGGGUCCCGAGCAUCGGAGCCGUGGAACUCACAUCUGAGGGUGGUGGACCAGUUUGCCUCCUCCCCUGCCUUAAGACAGCAUGGGGCUUCUUCUCCUCCCGCGUCCUUUCCCCUUUGCAUGUGAAAUACUGUGAAGCAAUUGCCCUGGCACUUUUCCGAGUUUGUUGCUUGAAACGCACGGUGCAGCCAUCUUGGAGCUCGCACUGUUGCUGCCUGCCACAUCGCACAACACCAUUCCAGACUCCAAGACCAUCAGAGCAAGGCGAUUGUCCGCGCUGGCUGCACUUCUCAAGGCCUGGAAGGAUUUUUUUUUUUCUUCCCCCCCCAACUCUUCCUUGUGUAUUCCAUCCAGUUCUAGCACCUGGUCUCAUAGGGAUAAUGAGAAAAUCUAGCCAUUGAACUACUGGGGGCCUGGAACCCACCAAGGAAGACAAAAGGAAAACCCAUCCUUGGAGUACCCUGCUUGUCCACUAGUUUACAAAGCCCCCGCCCCUUCCCCAGCCCCCAAAGGAGUUUCUGUGUCGUUUUCGGAGAUUGAUGUAUGCAUGCAACGAUUACAGUAUUAUUUUUGAACCUUUAAGUAGGGUUGCCGGCCUGGGUUUCUAAACAAACCAAAUAUACCGGACAGGGCGUGGCCCUUUGAGAAGCAGGAAGCCCGGGCUUGUGAUUCCUGUGUCCUCCUGGCCUCGCCGUGAAGUGCCCGAUCCUGGAAGUUUAAAAUGUUAGCCAAUUACUGAAGUACCAAGACGCCUCAUCCGCUUCUCCCCUGGCGGGUGGGGUUCUUCAGCGAAACUGUUUGCACACGGCCAGGGGAAGGAAACUAGGACUUCCGUGUCCUGUGUCUGAGCCUUACGGAGUGCAGGGCAGGGUCAUUUAAGAACAUGUCUGAUCCAUUGAGAUCAAUGGCAAACCCAAGGUUUAAGUCCUUUCUUUGAUUUCUGUUCCUUUAGCGUUCUAGAGAGGUUUUUUGUUAUUCUUUUGAGUUGUUGAUAACUGGAUAGCACGGCAGUGAAAGCAGCUUGGGAUGAUGGAGCUAAUGCGAGCUGUUACUACUGCUCUUUCAAGACAGCCUCCCUUGAUUGAGUUGACACUAGGGAAUAAACAAGCCUUUAUCAGGAUAAAAGAUCAAAGACCUGGUUAGCUAUGCCAGCCUUUGCAAGGCAGGUUAGUCACCAAAGACUAACCUGGAAGUGGCUUUUGGACACUGCGUGUAGAGAAGGCCGACGUGUAGCAACCGCCUACCUGCUCACAGCUGCUAUUAACCCUAUGCCUGAAAGUGACCCCUCCACUCUAUUGUGUGUUGUUUUUGCACAGGCUCCGGGAAAGUGAAGCUGCCAAUCCGAGUAGUACUCAAAUGUGAGCGACUGCUGGUCUUGGAUUUUUUUUUUUCCAUUUAAUUCAGCUGAUCAUAUUGAUCAGUAGAUAAACGUAAAUAGCUUCAAAUUUUAAAAGUCAAAUUUUGCAGUGUUUUUUCACUGUAUCAAACAUUGUCAGUGCUUUAUUUAAUAAUUUUCUUCUGUAUCAUGGCAUUUGUCUACUUGCUUAUAUAUUACAUUGUCAAUUAUGCAUUUGUAAUUUUUCUUGUAAUAUGCAUUAUUUGCCAGUUUUAUUAUAUAGGCUAUGGACCUCAUGUGCAUAUAGAAAGACAAAUCUAGCUCUACCACAAGUUGCACAAAUAUUAUCUAAGCAUUAAGUAAUUGUAGAACAUAGGACUGCUAAUCUCAGUUCGCUCUGUGAUGUCAAGUGCAGAAUGUACAAUUAACUGGUGAUUUCCUCAUACUUUUGAUACUACUUGUACCUGUAUGUCUUUUAGAAAGACAUUGGUGGAGUCUGUAUCCCUUUUGUAUUUUUAAUACAAUAAUUGUACAUAUUGGUUAUAUUUUUGUUGAAGAUGGUAGAAAUGUACUACGUUUAUGCUUCCACAUCCAGUUUGUACAAGCUGGAGAAUAAAUAAAUAUAACAAAGACUUGCCUCUAUUCCUGAA